AGGUACAGGACAGACCCGUAUUUGCAAAACUCAUUAUCGAGUAAGAAAGUCGUGACUCACCCCCCCGCCUCCCCCAGUUUUACAAUGCUCUUGUGUAGUUGACCGCAAAGAGCAUAUUAUUUAAUUCCGAAACUGUUUAUUGCUGUUUCACGGCGGUGGACCACGAUUGAGGCUUGUUCGACUGUACUCAUUUCCCUUUCCCCGCUCUAGUAAGGAAAAAUGACGUCCCCACGACUACAACCACAUUCCCUCCGUGCCGCCGCGGCCUUCUUUCUCCUCCACCUCGGAGCUACUAGGUUCGUGGCUGCGCAAGGGACGUCCACGGUCCGACUCAGCUUCGUAUGUCCCUACAGAGAGGAGCCGGAAUGUUGUCCGGUGUGGGCGGGGAUCGCCGCGAUCGCGGCCAAGCACGUGAACGAGCGGAACGGGUACGUGAUCCCGGAAGUCGCCACCAGCUUCCGGGCCACCCUCUCGCCCGGCACUGCUAUGAAAUGUAAAAGUGUCUGGGUCUGGAAGAAUGCAAGUUUGUCAUGCUUGUCUGGCACGACUCGGGAAUCUGUGUUGCAUAGGCACGAAAAAGCCUUCUUACCUGUCAUGCAAAAACGCAGUUUGCCAUGCGGAAUACGUAAGGCAUGGCAGCCAAAAAAUUUGUCAUGCAUAGCUGCGUAUUGCAGUGCGUCUAUCAUUCAUUUUUAGCAUCACAAGUUUCCAGACCCAGACACUUUUACAUUUGAUAACUGCGAACGUGACGCAAGUGGCCCUGGCCGCUCAGGACCUGUCGCACUACCAGCCCCCGGCGAGCACGAGCUCCGCGACCAUCACGUCUAACACGCCCCCGCUCACCGGGCUGACGCGCAACACACUGCUACCCGAGCUGUCCGCGGCUUACAACCUGGUGAAGGCGAGCCAAACCUCAGCCAACCCGGCGCACGGGUACCUGACCGCGUGGAGCGACGACGACGUGUCAAACGCGCACAGCUACUUUUUAGAGAACGACGGUGCGAACGUGCCGCUCAUCGCGGUCGGGGAAAAGCAGACCAGCGCGCGGUACAUCACCGACACCUACCCGAAGACGACGACCAACGCCUACCCGAACUUGUUCGGCAUGCACCCGAACGACGGGCACGCCAUCGAGCAGCUUGCGGAGGUGUUCGUGAACCAGUUUGGCUGGAGGCACUUCGCGGUGAUCACCGAAGCGCCCCUGAGCACGACCUGGAGCCAUCCGCUGAAGCAGCGGUUCGAAGAUAAGGUGUGGGAGCUGCUGGGCCCGCUCACGGGGGGCAGCAAGCUGAACCAGGGGAAGCACCAGGGGAUCGUCGAGCACCACAUAGUGCUUCUAAGGGAGUCCGUCUUCGUCAGCACCGACGGGUCCGGGACGCUGCGCACGGCCGCGGACCUAGCGACGCUGGACACGUGGGCGGAGACCGUCGCGAACUUGCGGCGCAACACCCCGCGCGUGGUGAUCUACGUCACGCGCGUUGCCGCGCACCUGGAGGCCAUGAUGACCGCCGCGGAGAGCGCCGGUAUGGCGGGCCCGCUGUCCGCCGACUGGACGUGGGUGGUGCCCUCGGUGCUGGCCCUGGGCGGCAAGGGGCUGGUGAACAAGCGCCGCGCGUGGUUCACGGGGUACGCCAACGGCGUGUGGAGCAUCAUGGAGGACAACGCGGAGCACUCGUUUGGCACCGGGCCGCCCCAGCCAGGCUCGUCGGGGGCGAAGCUGCACUGGUUGCUGGAACAGGAGUGGAAGCGGGAGAUGGCGAGCGGCCCCUUGCCCACCGCCGAGCAAGUGCUCGGGCUGGCCGAUUCGACCACGCAGAAGCACGGCGGCAGCGCGGCCAUGGCAGUAGAGCUGCGGCAGGCGAUCCCCGACCACUGCCAGACCACGGCGCCCUUCGUGUACGACGGGGUGGUCGCCGCCGCGUUCGGGUGGGACCGGUUCGCGAACGACGCGGCGGUGACCUCCUUCGCGGAGGGUCUUGCCGGUAGCCCCGCGGACCCGCUGAAGUUCACGGGGCUGACGGGACCGGUGAACCAAGUCGGCGAGAUUGUGAACAACACGGUCACCUCCUGGCCCACCCGCAACCCGGAGGGGCUGCGGUACUCUUUGCUGCGCGCCCAGGAGACCGGGCUGAACAAGCUCACCCCGAACGGGUUCACCAACUCGAGCGAGGUCACGGUUGCCGGCGUCACCGCGCAGCUGAGGCCGACGGGCUUCAAAGUGCCGACCUCCUUCGCCGAGGGGGCGUGCUACCGCGACAACGUGAGGUGCGGGAGUUUCGGCUUCUGCCAGGACGACGGGACCGGGGUCGGGUAUCCGGACGGCCACUGCGUGUGCGAAACCGCGACCUACGUGGGCCAGCGGUGCGACAUCUACACCAGCGUGACGUUCUCGUCCAAGAGCGGCCCGAGAGAGAAGCCGCCGCAGACCGGCGCCUCGUCCUCCCCGGCCGCUAGUACCGCGGGCGCCUUCAAGCAGAAGCCCGUAACCCGGGCGCCGACCUUCGCGCGCGUGCAGUGGAGCAAUUUCCGCGAGUACGCGGAAACGACGUUCACCGCGGUGCUGCAGAUCGAGUAG